AGUGUUUGUUGCACCAGUUUGAGCUGAGCAGACUGCACUGCUGUUACUUUGACUUUUGUUAAGAAUUCCGAAUUCCGGUAGUUGUAAGUUUUAAUUCAGCUGAAUAUUUCACAACAAUGGUUUAAAACAUUUUAGUGAUUUAGUAAUAGUCUCCAAUAACUGAGGAAGAAUCAGUUGUACUACAUGAUUUUUGUCAUAAUAUGAGAGCAGAACUACAUCUAUGACUAGGAUUUUAUAAGAUACCUACCGAAGAAGCAAGCAGUCCAAAAUGAUUCUGAAUAGAGUAAAACUGAAUUGUGUCAGAUCACUAAUGAAAACUGAAUUCACAAAUGUUUUCAAUAAAACGCACCAGAGGCUAUUGAACAUUUCAUGCCAAGCUGAGCUGUUGAAGACACGUGGUUUAGUGAGAGUGAGUGGGGGGGAUGAUGUUUUACCCUUCUUACAAGGUAUUGUGACUAAUGAUAUGAGACAUUUACAAGAAAAUGGUAAAAGUUUAUUUUCAAUGUUUCUCAACACCAAAGGAAGAGUACUCUAUGACUCAAUAAUUUACAAGACAAAUGAAGAGAACACUUAUUUUGUGGAGUGUGACAGUCAAGGACUCAGUGACCUUGUGAGGCAUCUGAAGAUGUAUCGAGUGCGGAGAAAAAUAAAUAUUGACUCUAUAGAUAAUGAAUAUAAAGUAUGGGCUCUUUUCAAUCCUAUAUCAAUUGAAAUUUCAACUAAUACCAUUAACAGCCUAAAACAAGAACAAAUUGUACCAUGUACUUUACCUAAUCUUGAAGAUAAAGCGGGACUUACAUUUUUAAAUGAUUUGGUUCUUGAUAGUGCUUUAGUUUAUGCAGAUCCAAGAUUAUCGAGUUUGGGUAGUAGAGUCAUUGCUCCAGAUGGUGAAAAUAUAGUGGAUGCUGUACAAAAAGCUGGUGUCAAAGUAGAAACUUCUUCACCAUAUUCGUAUCGCAUGUUCCGAUACAGGUUAGGAGUGGGUGAGGGCACCGAAGAGUUACCGAUUGGGAAAUGCUUCCCUUUAGAGGUAAAUUGUGAUUAUCUCCAUGGAGUCAGUUUCCACAAAGGCUGUUAUAUCGGGCAGGAGCUCACAGCUCGAACUCACCACACUGGAGUUGUCAGGAAACGGUUAAUGCCUCUGUUGUUGGAAUCAGAAGUGACGAGCGGGAACUUUCCUGUUGACACACCCAUCGAGGCUGCUGCAGGAGAUAGGAAAACUGCAAUUGGUAAACUCAGGGGAGUGGAGAAGAAUUGUGCUUUAGGUCUGAUGAGAAUUGCAGAAGCACUAGAAGUGCACAAGUUGAAAGUUAGAAAUAUUGAGGGUGAAACAGUUAGGCCUUUUUGGUGGCCCCAGGAACUGUCCAAGGAAAGGGUGGAUACUGGAAGGAGUUGACAAAUCACAAGAGAGUGAAGAUGUCUGAGAUCAACUUAGCCAGAGAAGUAGAGCCAGAGGCAGAGUUCAGAUGUACGGCAUGUGGACUAUCAGAGAACUACGAUUACAAAGGGAAACAGCCCCCAUUCUCUAAACUGAUCAACAUGUCUAAUGAAUGUUAUGUCAUGAAAGAUCCAUUCUCACCACCCAACAGAGGACAGUUUCUUGAUACUUGGUAGUGACUGUACUUUGUGUAAGAAACCAUUUUGUCAAGCAACUGACUGUAGUUUCUUUUAUAUUAACUUUUAUUGCCUGCAUUGUGCUUUACAGAAUAUCAAUCUGUUUCCUCCUCAGUUUCAUGUCAGAUUAAAUAAAUGUAGAAAGUAAGAA